AUGACGCAAGGGAAGAAACAUUUGAAGCAAUUCAUUUCCAAAUACGAAUCUCUGGAUACGGAAAUGCCAGGAAUUCGAAAGUUUCAGGAUACGCCUCAGUCACAGCCAUUGACCAUUUGUGUGGAAUGCCCGCCUGACUUGGAUCUGACACACCAGGACAUCAUGACAGCAGCAGAGAGUAUCCUUCCUAAUGCCUUUGCGCUCGGGAAAAUCACCAGCAUCCAGUUCGAAAACGUGAAUGUCAUCUGUGGCUCGUCGGGCCUGAAGAACAGGUGGCUGAUAAAUAUUUCGGAUUUCCAAACGAGAAGUUUGUUCCUCAAUUCUGGACUGGUCAUUAAGAAGAUGUACAUGGCAGUGCAGCGUUACGAUGACCUCUUGAUGGAGGACUACAAACUUCACCUCCGCAGGGCGAUGGCACAGAAGAAAGUCCUGGAGACACUCAAUGAGACAGCGAAUCUGGGUGUGAAAUCCAGGUAGACACCAGAGUGACUCUGGGCUUGGGGAGGAUGGUCGCUGACAGCGGGUGGG